UCUUUUAGCACUUUCUCCUUGUUGCUGAUGUGCACCAGUCGCAACCAUGCUAGAAAAACUAAAACGACUAUAUAAUAAAGAUGACUUUGACUAUUCCACUGGGCAGGUUGACCCAUACAAGUUUCAUCCUACUUUUUAUUUUAUUCUGAAAGCGUUUACAGUAAUUGACGAACCCAUACCGAAGUGGAGCUACGUUUCUCUUGCUGUAAAUGUAUUCGACGCAACAGUCGCUGUGUUUUUUGCUGCUGUCUCAACUUUUCACGGCAUUUUGUUACUCGAUAUAUCACACUCAACCGAGGCCGGUGUGUACUGUAUCGUUCUGAUAUACAAGUUCCUGAUUCUCACCUGCACCCAACUUGAUAAGGCACACUAUCAUUGUUUCUUGCGGGUUCUGCGAGAGGAUUUUCGAUUUGUGUGUGCUGAAGGAGCUAAGUACAGGGAGAGAUUCUUCGAAAAUCAAUUGGAAACAUGGAAAGUGUGUAUCUGCUCUGUGAUAUUCACGUUUGGCAUUGCAGUUGGCAUGGCUUCAUUCGCUCUGGUGUCCCUCCUGUUCUACCUAACAACGAGAACUGCUAGCGACGGCAGUCAGCGACCUCUGCUAGUUCCCUUUUGGUUUUGGGACCUAGACUUUGGAAAAACGCCUACUUAUGAAAUAGCCUUAAACUUUUCGAAUUUUUGCUUUAUAACUUAUGCAUACAACUAUGUUUUUAUGAUACAAACUCAAGUUGUGUGGGUAAGACAAAUCGCAACAAAAGCCGAUUUAGUAAUUUGGGCCAUCCAAGAUCUUUUGCAGGACAUCCACCCGGCUACCAACGAAGAAGAAAAAGUGCACUACGCAGAGUUAAUUAAAUACAGAAUGAGAGAAAUAGUCUCUCAACAUCACUCCAUGUACACUUUGAUGGAGGCUUACGCUGGAGUUUAUAAAAAAUUAUUAAUGUUUGAACAAAAACUUUGUGGCCCUGUGGUUUGCUUGACAGCCUACUGUACCGCCGAGAAAUUGGACGAGGGGGAAUUUAAUGCUAUACUAGUAUUGCUUUGUAUCGCAACAGUCACGUUAGUGUACAUCCCGUGUCAUUUGUGCACCUUUCUGGGAUUAAGGGUGAGAUCAGUAAAUGAUGCUUGCUGGAAUAUUUCGUUUUGGAACGCGGGUCGUGAGAUACGGCCAUACUUGGUUCUUAUCAUGCAGCGAUCAUUGCGCCCGCUCCCGCUUCAAGCCCCUGGCUUUGAAGAAAUAUCUAUACAAACAUUUUCAACAAAAAUGGCUAAUGCUUAUUCAUUAUUCAACAUGCUGCGGCAGACCAGUAUAUAGAACUUUCUCGGUUCCUAAUUGAGGACACAUAGCGUAGUGUUUACAC